UGAAUGUCAUCCUGCACAAAACAAAAAAAAGCUCCGGUCCUUCAAAAUGCAUCAGUGAAAGGCUUGUUUCAUGUUGAGACCAAAUGUCAUUAACAGAACCUCGCACGGAUAUGUGCAUUUUAACGGCAGUACUGUAUAGUAAAUUUGAUCAAACAUUUGACGUCAUAAAACAUUUGAUGUCUUUCAAGAACCAAGACAAUCUUUUCGUUAAGUAUCACUUCAUUUCCAACAUCUGUAUUUUGAUUGAUUUAUACAUGUUGACAGUUUUAACAAGGCAUGGAUCAUAUAGUGGUUCACGUUGCGGUCUCUCACAUGAGAUUAAAUCCCGUGACCAUAUAGUGUGUAUGAGAAUGUCAGCAGUUGUCUGACCUUAUGUGCGUCUGAUUGACUGGUGACCAAUUCAGGGCAAGGGCAGGUUUUAGUCCUAGUUAGACUUUGUGGAGAAUAGUUAAUGCACGACCACACAAGUCACUAAUCAACUUGGUUCUUAUUUACGGGUGUGGUAAAUACAAGACUAUAGUAAUUGCAAGAAAGGAGUAGGGGAUAGUACCUUCUUAAUGCCAUUUUUAAAUUUUUCUUCUUCAUGCUACUGCUAUUUUUAUUUUUAUUCUUUGUGGCAAGGGUUCACUUUGGCAUGGGGAGUCAAGUUCAGCAUUCGCUUCAUUGAUAUCUGGCGCCAUCUAGCGUCGUGAAUGUCUAGACCCCGAAUAUAAGACUCCCCCCACUUUUUCAUUCAUAUUUCAAUGCAAAAAAACACCGCCUUAUAUCCGGGCGUAUACGAUAAAUGAAAACAACCUUACAGCUUUUUUUUUCCCCAGAUUAUCCUGUGCUGUGAGCACCUAUGGAUGAGUGAACGACCUGUUGUUUAGGAUGCUGACUGUAAAUUUUAGGCAGCAGAACAAUGGAUGAGUCAACAGAGGUACGAACAGAUUGCAAUUCUCUGCUGAAGGCCGUCUAUCUGAGUCGCCUGCGUCUGACUCGGCUGCUUCUGGAGGGAGGGGCUUAUGUCAACGAGAGCAAUGAAAAUGGCGAGACACCACUCAUGGUGGCUUGCAAGACACGUCACUCUGAUACGCAGAGUGUGCCCAAACACAAAAUGGUCCAAUACCUCCUGGAAAACGGUGCCGAUCCAAACAUUCAAGACAAGAGUGGGAAAACUGCUUUGAUCCAUGCGUGCCUUGGACAGGAUGGGACUGAAGUCCUGUCCCUCCUGAUGAGCAGCGGUGCAGAUCCAACUCUGGAGGACCACUCCGGUUUGUCCGCGCUCGUUUAUGCCGUUAAUUCAGGUAACAGGGGAGUCCUCAAGAUCCUCCUGGAUGCUUGUAAAGCUAAAGGAAAGGAGGUCAUCAUCAUCACCACCACCAAGCUACCAUCAGGCCAUCAGAAAACAAAGCAGUACCUAAAUGUCCUUCCACCCUCCGACCUGGAGGAGCAACCGCAUUGCGCACCAACCUGCCCGUCUCCUUUUGACAUCCGACGACGAUGUCCUAGUCCAUUCAUUGUUCCCAAUGUGGACAAGCGUCUUCAUCUCCAGAGAUUACACUCACAGCAAUGGGUGAAAAAUGCGCCCCUGCUUCUUCCGAAGAACCAGACCUCGUUGCUGGCAGAGGAGCAAGUACAUUUGCCACCGGAGGAGGUCUCAUCUUUAAGAGGCCUCAACUUCCAUCAUCAGCCUCCGGCUGUUUCGCGCCACCAUAGCAUGGACAUGAAAGAUGGACUCCUGAAAGCACUGGACAACAUGUCGGGGAAUGACAACAAAGGGGAAGGUGUCAGAGGCUUUGCUCGAAAGAUGUCCUAUGACAGUGCUGCAAGCGCAAAGCAUUCCACUUCGCACCCUAACUUGCAUCAAGAAAAUAAUCUCCCGUUUCCCCAUGAAUCCAAUCCUGCCGAUGAAGAUACAUCCGAUGGUCUCUGCCAGUUAAAUAUUUCCAGUCUGCAAAACGUUAUUCAUCGCCGUAACAUUGGCGUGGACCAUUACAGUUCAGAUUCUCAGUUGCCGCAGUUUAGCAACAAAGACAAAAGGAUAAAGGGAUUGGACAGGCCCAAGCUGACAAACAGCAGGUCCUCCACUCUUUCAGGAUCCAGAGAGUCUCUGGAUAGUUUUGUCCAAAAACGAAUCGCCGCUGGCCUCGAACGAAGAGGCUCGGGGGCCCUUCUUCAGGAUCACAUCUCCUCCACUCGGCCAGGCUAUCUCCCCCCUCUGAACAUGCAUGCUCCCAUUCCAGAUAUCGGUGGAAACUCUGUCACUGUGUGCCCACUGACUACAACUAGCAAAACAUUUAAUACUAUUUCCAAAGGAUCGAAGCCUGUUUUGGCCUGUGCGCCUAUUUUCUCACAGGUCAUGAAAGCCAGUCCAAUGCUUUGGAGGCGCCACUCCAUGCAGAGUGAGCAGAUUAAGCAGCUGUCCAACUUUGAGGAAAAACUGGACCACUAAGCAGGUUUUAGUUUGGUUGUGCAAUUGCUCUGAUUGGUCUUUCACUUUUCUCUCAGCUUCGGUAUUCCUUGUUUUUCACCCAUCUGCAGCUCUCUGGCUUGCACUUUGCCGAUACCUCGUCUGCACGGGCCAAACCCCACCUCAAACUGACCUUAUGUUCAAAGCGAGUCAUUGUUUCAAUAAAUCAAUGCAAUUGCACACACCUGGGCAACAAAAGGCACCCGUGACCUGUCAGUCAAGUGCCACAUUGAUUUUGAUGAAAUAAGUAUGGGUGGGCUCAAAACAAAGAGUGCCAUCAUCUUGUCGUUGUCCAGAUGUAAAUAUAAAGAAAUAGUCUCCAGACUUGAAGCGGAUAGAGUGUGCUUUUGUUACACACAAAAAGGGGAGACGGAAAGAAAAACUAGAAAGAGGCUGCGUGAUUGCAUGGAAAAGAAGCACAAACGAAUGCAAAACCUUUGUUGAUGGCAAUGGGUCACAGGUUUGAUGCAGUUACUGCAAGCUCAAAGUAUAAGCAACUAAGGACUGCAAAGCGGACUUUUGUCUGUUUCAAUAACUUUGCUCAGCUAAAAACAACAACAACA